CCGGGGAAGACUGGCUUGUCUCGGUGGGUGGGGACGGUCAUUUGUCAGCUUUUUGGACACACAGACAGAGACAGACAGGAUGGAUUUCCUCCGGCUACAUCUCCCUGGGCUGCAUCAGGCCUUACGGGGAGCACUGGAUUCCCUCAGCUCCUUUGUCUCCUACCUUAUGGGAGAUGAGGUCCCCACUGCAGAGAGGAAGGAGGCGAGGGCAGCCGAGGAACCGGGGGAGGUGGCUGCAGGAAGGCCAGGGAAGCCUGAAGAGAAGGGAGCCCAGGAGGCCCUGGAGGGCCUUGGAGGCAGCCAAAACCAGGAGGAUAGAGGGCUGGGAGGGCCCAGAGAGGCUGGAAGACCCCAGGAGGGAAGUUCAGCUACAGAACAGACCUGGGGUUGGGAAGAAGGCAGCUCCCAUGGGUCUCAGGCACAUAGGCAGGACACUGGGGUGUGGGAGGCAGCCAAGGCUGCCAGGUGCCAGGAGCCAAGGGCCCACUUAGAGGCCAGAAAGGAGUCCAAGGCAGGGUGUGAGGCUGCUCGAGACAGCAGCAGCCAAGCCCAGGAGAGUCAAAGGCCCAAUGAGCAGGAAGUGGACAGAGAGGAGACACUGAGAACCUGGGAACAGGAGGAGGAGGCGGAAGAGGUCAGGGAAAGAAACCCAGAGGUGGCCAAGAAGGCGGAGUCAGAGUGGACCUGGCACAGGGAGCCUGAGGGGGAGGCAGGUGCUGAUGGGCAAAAGGUAGCUGGGGACAGCAGGGAGUCAUUAGAGCAGCCGGUCAAGGAAGCGGUUGCACAGGAGAUCCAAGGGUCUGCAGCCAAUGAGGCCGGGAAGGAAGAAGAGGUAAUGGGGGUCCUAAGGGGUAGCCCAAGCACAAAGGCACAGAAAGCACAGGAGUCAGGGUCAGAAUCUGAGGACGGGACAACCUCAGUCAGGGAGGAGGCUAGAACAGCCUUAGGCAGGGAGGAGGACAGCACAGCCUUAGGCAGGAAGGAGGACAGCACAGCCUUAGGCAGAGUGGAGGAUGGCACAGCCUCAGACAGGGAGGAAGCCAGGACAGUCUCAGGCAAGGAGGGGGCUGGGACAUCUUCAGGCUGGGAGGAGGACAGGAUAGUCUCAGGCAGGGGGGAGGCUGGGACAGCCUCAGGUGGGGAGGAAGACAGGACAGUCUCAGGCAGGGGGGAGGAUGGGACAGCCUCAGAUACAGGAGAGGACAGCAUAGCCUCAGAAAGGGAAGAGGAGGAUAGAACAGCCUCAGACAGGGAGGAAGCCAGGACAGCCACAGGCAGGGAGGAGGCUGGGAUAACUUUAGGCAGGGUAGAGGCCAGGACAACCUCAGGCGGUGAGGAGGACAGGACAGUCUCAGGCAGGAGAGAGGAUGGAACAGCAUCAGAUAGAGGAGAGGACAGCACAGCCUCAGAAAGGGAGGAGGAGGAUAGAACAGCCACAGGCAGGGAGGAGGCUGGGGCAACCUCAGGCAAGGAGGAGGACAGCAGAGCCUCAGGCAGGGAGGAGGAAGACAGCACAGCCUCAGGUGGGGAGGAGGACAGCACAGCCUCAGGCAGGGAGGAGGCUGGGAUAACUUUUGGCAGGGUAGAGGCCACGACAACCUCAGCCGGGAAAGGGGGUGACCUCUCGGGAGCCAGGAAGACAGAAUAUGAGGAAGUCUCAGGAGAAAAGAUCCCAGAGGGCACUGGGAGGGCCUGGGCAUUCCAGGAGGCCUCCAGGGGAGACCAGGAGAAGGAGGUGGAUGAGAAUAGAGAGGCUGAGAUGAGCUUUUCCCCCAAACAGACCCAGGCCCUGGGAACUGAGGGCACAGAAGAAGCGGCUAAGGACCAGACAGCAGGAAGGGAGGCUGCAGAAGGCCAGGGGUCAGAGGGGGAGGUAGGGGCAGGCUUUGAGGUCCAGGCGGAUCAGGGAGGGAAAGAGGCUGAGGAGAGGCAAGCCUCAAUGGUCAGGGCUGUUCCAGCCAGUCUGGAGGAGGUGAUGCAGGCAGAGAAGGCCAAAGAAGAGGAAGAGGGUUGCUGGGCCACAGAGGCUGAGCUGCCCAAGGACAACGUGGCAAAUGAGGCUGAAGGGGAUACUGACCUGGAAGCAACCCCAGAGGCCAGCAGUCCUGAGAAGGAGUUCAGCGGGGAGAGGAGUGAGGGGGAGGCUCAGACAGGCGGAGAAGCCCAGGGGGUGGAGUGGGGUGGCCUUGAGCACGAGGUCACUGAAGGCCAGGAACCUGAGCUGAAGGCAGGCCCCCAGACCCCGACAGAGCAGCCUGAAGAAGGACAGGGGGGUGAGGAAGAGCUCUGUGGCGCUUCAUCCCUGAGCAAAGAGGAGACGGAAGGGGGCCUGGAGGAGUACCCCAGGACCAUGGGAGAUGUAAAGCCUGAUGCCCUUGGGGCAGAAGUCUGGGAAAACCAGGGAAGGGAUGUGGAGAGAGGGGAGACCCAGGAAGAAAAAGCAGAUGCUGAAGAGGGGGAGGAGGAGGCUGCAGGAGGCCAGGCACCGAAGGAGGCCGAGGGAGGCAGAGAGUCUGCGCUCCCGGAUGUCCCGGAGGCAGGCGGGGAAUGGAAGACAGCCCAGGACUCAGGGUGUGGAACAGAGGAAGGAGGGACCCUUGGAGCAGAGAGCCAGGAGCUGGGUGGAAGGCUUGGGGCAGACACAGGGACAGGUCAGUCACCGGGAGAGUCAGAUGUCAGAGAAACCAAGGAUGAGGUGGUGGAGGCCACAGUGCCCUGGUGGGCAGACACGACAUUCAGCCGAGACUGGAGGCUGGAGGAGGCCACUCUGAGCCUCCAGGACAGCGAGGACCCAGGGGCCAGUUCUUUGGCUGCUGAGAUAGUGAGGGAUAAGGUAGCUCUGGUUGGAAAGGCUGCUGGGGCUGGGGGAGGGCCCGAAAGAGAGGCUGGGGAAGUUUGGGACUCAGAAGGGAGGCAGGAGGCUGGGGGAGGUGUGGAGCUGGUGGAGACUACACAUGGAGAAAACCGAGGUGGGCCUGAGUUUGGCCUGGAGGGCUCAGCAGACAAGGAGGUGACUGGCAGAGGGGACCAAGCUGAGGCUUUGGAGGCCAGAGAGGGUGAGCCCAGGGGAGAGCGGGUGGAGGUCCCAGAAGGUGUGGUGGCAGAAGGAAGCUGUGGGGUGGAUGGCUUUACCUCGGGCUCCCAGCCGGCGAGGGCAGAGGGGACCGUGGCCACAGUGGAAGCCGAGGGGCUCCCAGGAGGGCAGACGCUGUUGGAAGAGGAGGCUGUGGGAUGGCAAAUGAAGGAGCGAGGGCAAGGCAGUGAGGGGCAGGGUGGGGACCACCACCCCGAGGGAGAAGCAGGAAGGCCCCUUGGUGUGGAGGAUGCUGAGGUGACGGAAGACCGGAGAGCAGAGGCCGAGGAGAUUGUUCCAGAAGGCCUGGAGGACGUCCAGGGCCAGGAGAACCAGUCAACACACCAGGAGCCUGCAGAGGCCGAGCCUGGGCCACGCGGGGAGAUCGCAGAAAGUGCCAGAGGGGACGCUUGCGACAGCUGGAGUGAGGCCCUGCUCCCUGUGUCUCUCCUGGACGUCUCUGUCCCCCGGAGCCGUGUACUCCUGUCUCGCAACUCCUCACUGCGCCGCUCCCGGCCCUCCUUCCGACGGAGCCGCGCCCCCGAGCAGCAGGAGGGACCUCCCAGCCCCCCGCCCGAGGAAGAGCGGUCAGCUCCCGAGCAGAGACUUCUCCAGCCAGAGGAAACCCCAGAGCCAAGCCCCCCAGAGCCUGAAGGGACCCCACUGCCAGCCAGGAGAAGGCCCCUGGGUCGUGGGUUUGGCCUUGCACAUGGAGGCAUGAUGCAGGAACUGCAAGCCCGGCUGGGCCAGCCAAAGCCGCAGUGAGGGCCCUGGGCCCCCGGGAGCCUGACCACCUCUCCCAUCUGUCUCGGCUGUCUGGAGGACCGAGGGGACGGGACAGUUCUCCCCGCAGCCUUCCCUCCCUGACUGCUCCCAGCCCCCACCCGGGGCCUUCCGAGAGCUGUGGAACAGUAACACGAACCUCGGGGGUGGGAGCUAGCCUGGAAGAAAGCGGUCAGCAAGGCCUACGAGCUCCAAGCUCCAUUUGCAAUCAGAGGUUGAUGGGAAGCAGAUGGGAGCCAACUCACAACUCUGCUGGUUACUAUGGCAACCACAGCCCAGCAAGCCAGAAUGGGGGAAGGUACCCAGGGCCACCCCCCCACCGAAUUCAGGAGCAGAAAGGCAUCCAGUAUGGCCAGAGGCUACAGAUUCUUGUCCUUUUGGGGGUCAGGUACCCCUUCUCGGAAAAGAAGCUGAGGCCGACGGAGAAUGAGAGUGCUUUAUUAGGCACCCCGCAUGGUGGCCUCGCCCGAGAACAGCUAGCAGGCUCUGAAACAAUAAAUAAACCAUCAUUUCCCUGAACAAUAAA